GCUAGAACGAUCAGAAGUAAAAGUAACCGGCUGUUUUAUUCUCGAGUUUUGUGCACAAGAAUAAAUGAUUGUAAUUAAUUCUACUUUAAAUCUUGUAGGUAAUAUAUAUAAAAACAAAACAGUUUAAAUUUCAUUAUUAUAUUAACUUUUAAUAUAUUCAAAAGACGAAUAGAAAAACAUUAAUGCAAUGUUCUUUAUCACUGAUCCGAAACAAUAGGAACAGGCCAACAACCCAUAUACAAUACAAAAAACAAACAAAAGAAUUUGCGGAAUUGAGUUACAUUUUAACAAAAUAAAAUAAUGAACAUUCUAUAAAAUACAAAUUUUUCCGGUUCUUUGUUUAUCUUUAGUUAGUAAGUAAACCAACAUGUGAAAACCGGUAAACCAUUUUUUAAAUAAAAAGUGAUUAAAAAUAAUAGCGAAAAUUGUGUUUAAACAUUUUUAUUGUGAUUAUUCGGAUUCAGAAAAUCGUACAAAUAACACAUAUUGUGGCCAGCUUGCAAAAUUGUAGCUGAUUAAAAUUUAACUGGAUGUGGUGAGGAUGCACCGAGAUUGUAGCAACGGGGAGCUAGUCUGCUCUGUUGCGAAACUAAAAUUAAUCGGACUUCUCCUUCUGUCAAUACCAUUCUCUGUCACUGCUGAACCUUUCUUGAAAGGAGGAGGUCGCUGUCCAGCCUACGAAGAACAAAAUGUGUGUCCAGAUAGAGCUCCUGACUGUAAAAGUGAUUUUGAAUGCCAGGCAUCAAAUGAGCGUUGUUGCAAAACUGCAUGUGGCUUUAAAUGUGUUACGGGAGAGCUGACAGGAUGUGAGCAAUUAGCCCUUGCCGCUACCAGAAGAUUAAGAUCUUUAAGUUCUAUCGAGUCACAGCAAAUGAUACCAAAAUGCAACAAUGUCACUGGUGAAUUUGAAAAAAUACAAUGUAAUGCUGAAGAUAAUUACUGCUGGUGCGUCAAUCAAUUUGGAGAAGAAAUGCCUGGAACACGUGUAGCUAACAAAACUUUUAUUGAUUGCGAUAAUCCAAGACCUUGCCCGGCUCACACUUGUCGCAUGCUUUGCCCUCUAGGAUUUGAGAUCCAGCCAGAGACUGGUUGUCGAAAGUGUGAGUGCAAAGAUCCUUGUAGAGGAGUAACUUGUCCUGGCAUCUCUCAGUCUUGUGAACUAAUUGAAGUUCCUUGUGCUCGUCCUCCGUGUCCUCCGAUUCCUAGUUGUCGAAAAGCUAAAUCAUUUGCCACAGUGUGUCCUGUUGGUGAACCACUCAAAAUCAGUGACACACCUAGACCAUUUCUUUGUGGCGAUUUACCUGGAAAACCUAACUGUCCUCCACUUUACCGAUGUCUAGUACAACCUAAUCAAGAAUAUGGCGUCUGCUGUCCUUCUAGCAUCAUUCUUAAGAGAUCUGGAACCUGUCCAGUGAGUGAAUCACAGUUUUGCGAAUCCAAAUGUCAACACGAUUAUGACUGCCCAACUCCACAAAAAUGCUGCAACAGCAAAAGAUGUGGAAGCAGUGUAUGUACAAUGCCCCAGGGAACAAGUCUUUGUCGCAAAGAUCAAAUGUUAGCGGAAUUAUUAAUCGUAUCUGAAAGACAAGGACGCGGAUACAUUCCACAAUGCACAGAAGAUGGGGAAUAUACUGCAAAGCAGUGUUCCCGAAAUGGUCUUGUUUGCUGGUGUGUCGAUCCUGACGGAAAAAAAGCACUCGGCUCCAUGGGUCCUGCAAACAAAGUUGAUUGCUCACCAAUUAUUAAAGCCAGAGCUCUUUCUCCUUCAUGCAUUCCUCAACAAUGUGCCCAAGUAUGCCAAUACGGCUUUAAAAUUGAUAAUUCUGGUUGUGCAACUUGCGAGUGUGAUAAUCCUUGUGAAGGAUAUCCUUGUCCCGACGGGGAAGAAUGCUCAUUGCAAAAAGAAGGAGGUUGCACGGACUUUUUAUGUUUGUCAAAACCUGAAUGUAAACCAAAGAAGACAAUUCAAAACGUUUGUUUAACUGGAAUUCCUUUAAUUGAUCAAAAAGGCAACGAAGUGACUUGUUUUGCUAAUAAAACUUGUCCGGAUAAUUAUAGCUGUAUCAUGAUUUCAGAAAUAAAUAAGUCUUUUUGUUGCCCAGUCAUCACAAAAUCUUCAAAAUUACCAUCAAUGUGCCAGUAUCUUCGGGAUUUCAACGAGCGAAUGGAGGGAACGAGAGUGGGAAUGAGUUUGGCUAUACCACCUCCUCAAUGCGAAGAAAAUGGUUCUUAUAAAGCCCUGCAAUAUCACAAUGGCGCUUUUACAUGUGUAAAUGAACACGGUGUUAUUUUAAAAAGUGAAGUAGAUGCCGAAAUAACCAACUGCCAGAAUGUCAGAGACCAUUUCCAAAUAUGUGGUAAAUUUUCUUGUGAACUUAAAUGUCCCUAUGGCUACGAAUUAGAUGCAACUAAAUGCCAGCAGUGCAGAUGUAGAGAACUGUGUAAAGAAGUUGUAUGUCAAGAACAUCAAACCUGUGCAACUAUUGAAGUUAACUGCGGACCUGAUCAAUUUUGUCCAGGUGUACCAGCCUGUUUAGCUACAAAAUCUGGCCAGUGUCCAUAUUUGGUUCCCAGUUCAUCAAGCUGCGAAUUAGAGUGUAAUAACGAUCAAGAGUGUUCUGGAGAAGACAAAUGCUGUUCUACCGGUUGUGGUACGCAGUGUGUUCCUCCUGUUGUUGCUACAGCCUGUCAACAUGCAAGAGCUGUUGCUGAACAUGAAGCUAGAGAAUCUGGAGAGCCAGCAAGAAGAACGUAUAUUCCUGGUUGUGAUGAAAAUGGUACUUUUGAACCUGUCCAGUGCCAUGAUGGAAUGUGUUGGUGUGUUGACGAUGAAGGUCGUGAAACUCCAGGUACUCGUGUCUUAGAAGGAAUAGUUCCGAGAUGUAAUAAACCACAACAUUGUCCUGAAAUCGACUGUAAUCUAGAAUGUCAGGAUGGCUUCGAGUUGAACUUAGAAAGUGGUUGCCCUAUUUGUUCUUGCAGAGAUCCUUGCAAAAAAGUGACAUGCCGUGGUGAAAACGAGGCUUGCAGAAUGGUGGAGGUAGCUUGUAGUGCUCCUCCUUGUCCUCCAGUUCCUGUGUGUUUGCCAAAGAAAGAGAAUCCUUGCCCAAAUGGAACUCCUCUUCUUGCUCAGGAUGGAAUGCCUACAAUUUGUGGCCCACAUGGACGUCGCUGUCCUUCUACACAUAAAUGUGAACUUUCUCCUCUUGAUGAAUAUGCUUUCUGCUGUCCAAAACCACGCGAUGUUUGUUUUGAACCUCCUCGCAUGGAACCCUGCUCUAGUCAGAAUAUCAAUGAAACUGAAAGAUGGUACUUCGAUUCUGAAUUAAAUGAAUGCCGGUUGAAAAAAAAAUGUAGCACUGGCUAUAAUGAUUUCUCAAGCAAGCAAGUUUGUGAUAUUGUCUGCCCAGUACUUUCUCCUUGCGAAAAGCUACGAGAAACAAAUUUGAGAAAUUCACAAAGACUUAAACGGCCCACAUUUUUACCAAGAUGCAAUCCAGAUUCUGGAACUUGGGAACCAAUUCAAUGUCUUGAACAUGUAGGGUUGUGUUGGUGUGUCAACAGAAGAGGUGAUCCACUAAAAGGUUCUUUAACACGUGGAGCAGAACCAAAAUGUAACUUUAGACAAGCCAGACGUGGAAGAGGACCAAUGGAAAUCGACACGUCUAUUAAAGGUUAUAUAGAAAAUGCAUUGAUGGGUUUAGAAAAUGAAAAAAGAUUUGUUAAAGUUUUUCAAACAAGAUGUCAGGCGAUGAAUGCAAGAAGACAGGUUACAGCAAUUUGUGACAGAAUAGGAAGGUUUGAACCAACACAAUGUGCAGAAGAAACAUGUUGGUGUGUUGACGAAGCAGGAAAUCAAGUCAUUGGUUCUGAACCGUUUUUGAAAGGGACAUAUAUUUGCUUACCGACCUCUAUUGAAAGUGUAGAAGUUGCACUUCAUAUCCCUGGGAAAUUUCUUCUUAAUGAAGAUUUGCGUUUAGCAGAAGAAGCGAAAGACUUACUUAAAAGUUUUGGAGCAAAAAUUAGAGAUGGAAUUGAAAUCCUAAUGAAUUAUGAUUCUGUCGUCCUAGCUUUUGAUAUCAUCGGAUCAAGAAAAGUGGACGUAGCUUUUCACUUGGAAGAGUUAAUUAGGACACAAAAUCUUUCUUUAUUAGGGCGCUUAGCUGACGCAACAACUUCUCGUUUUACGUACAAAACAAACAUGAAUCCCGUUCAAAGUAGAAUUAUUGCUUUAGAACAAAGAGAAAUAUUCACUGAAUUACAUACUCCACUUUAUCAAACUGAUACUGUUGUUCUUGGUGCUGCUAGUGCCUUUGUAAUUUGUAGUCUUUUAAUUCUUCUCAUGCUAUACAGAAAAAAGAUGAAAUUGAAGGGAACUCGAAAAGACUUUGAAACUGAGCAGAAUUUCUUUGCAUGUCAGCAACGAUCGGUUAAUGUUAUUUCCGGAAUUGAUAAAAAAGAAAAGGUGAUGGAUAUAGAAAGUUUAAAUGCAGAAGUUAUUUCAAAACGAGAUGUUAUGAUUUCAUAAUUAUGUUAUUAUGAAUAAAGCCAACAAAAUUCUUGAUAACAACUAUCUUAUGUAUCUCUUGUAACAAGAGAAUUUAAAAUUAUUUUUGGGUAUACCUUUCUUUUGUUAAGAAAGUAUUAAAUGCCAAAUUGUAUUUAAAACCAUAAUUUAUUGAAUAGAAAUAAUUUUUUUAUCAACUUUAAAAAUGUUUGUGAAGUAUGUUAUUUUCAGAGAGCUAUUUUAAACUGCGUUUAUUAAUUCUUAUAGCUAAUGCAUUAUGUGUUCAAUAUCUAGUAGAUCUUUAAUUCGGCAAUUAAAAUUUAAUUUUUAGAUUGUUUUAAACAAAAAAUUUUAAUUUAACAUUAAAAUAUUAAUACAAACUUUUAAAUUUUCUAAAGACGGGUAAUAUUUAAAAUUUUAUAAUUUAGAGUUUGAUUUUAUUUUGGACAAAUGUAAUUAUUUAUUAUAUGUAAAAAACAGUUUUGUAAACAACACAGAUAAUCUUAAUGCAUAAGUAGGAAACAUUACACAUAUGAACUUAGGAAUCUUUUUGAGUGAUCAGUAUAUAAAAAAUAUUUUUAGGUUUUAAAUAAGAUGUACAUAGUAGCUUUGAAGAAGGUAGUAUUUUAUCUACUCUUUGAAGAUUGUUUUCAAUUUUUAAUGUCAAAGACAAGCGACUGAAGGAAAAAACUUAUGUAUUUAAUAUUUUGCAUUGUAUAUUUUAAUACGUAGAGAUACUCAUCAUUCGUUAAAGAGUAGAAUAAAAAAGAAAUAUAUUUAUUUAUUACUUCAUUUUUUUAAUUUCCGUAAUAAACUUAUAAAAUACA